CCUCCUCUUCCCCGCCAGUCUCACGCCACCCGCUGCCGCCUCUACGCAGAUCGCAAAGCGCGGUGGUUUACACACUCGAGUUAGGGAGGGGUGUUGCGGGAAGAGUUAUCGUCGAGUUACAUACAAUUAAUAUGUACAAGGUGAAGCCGUUCUAUAGCUCCGCGCCGCUGGACGAUCUGCCCGGCUGCAUGUACCGACUCCCGGGCGUCCACGCCGCGCCCGGGGUCGACGCCUCCGCCGCCGCUGCCUCGCAGGGGGAGGAUGCCACCCUGCUGGAGCUGGAGCAGCGGCAGGAGGCGAUGCUGCGCCGGCUACACAAGUUGCGUAACGAGGUGGAUGAUCUGGUGCGAGCCGUGCUAGUGCCCAGCGGGCCCCAGAGCUCAGCUCCUGCAGCCGGUGCCAGCUCCUCGCCGCAGCUUCACUCGUGCCCUGCUCACCACCACCAACACGAUGGGCAGCUCGACGCUAUCUUUGGCAUGGGCGGUGGUGUCGUGCGCGACAUUGUGGUGGUCGCCAGCCCCGCGCGGCCGCCCCUGUCCGUGAUCGUGCUGCACCAGCUGCUGCGCCACCGCUACCGCGUGCUGACCGCUGUGCACGUCCACUCCAACGCCACCGCACUCGUGCCUCCUGCCCUGCGGCUCUGCCUGGGGCCGCCCAGCGCCAACGACUCCCGCAGCGACCACCAGCUCGUGCUCACCAUCAUCUGGAAAGAUGUACCGCGGCCCGAGCUGCGCGUGAACGUCACUCACGCGUGCCCGGUGCAGGGCGAGGGCAACGUCGCUCGCUUCCUGUGGGCGCUGGCAGGCGCCGCCCCGAGCGACCCGGUCGCACGCACGCAGGAUGACGCCUGGGUGGACGUGGCGGCGCUGCAGCUGCUGCCCGCUAGCCCCAAGGAACGGGCGUCUGUGCUCAAGGCCCUCAACGCCGAGCUGGGCCGGCCUGGCCACCCCUGGCUGGGCGGCGCCGAAUUCUCGCUCGCCGACAUCGUCAUGUGGAGCGCCCUGGCGCAAUCGGGAGGGCCCGCGGCCGUGGGGGGCCCCCCGCACGUGGCGCGCUGGCGCCUGGCAUGCGAGGCACACCCUACCUUCCAGACGGCGAAGGGCCUGCUCUAGCGGGGGGGGCCAUGGGGGGCUCCGUUCCCCUACCCCCAUGACACCCCCCCACGAUCCGUAGUGCAGAGCUCCUGUCCAUGGGACUGCAUCUGCGCGAUGCCACCCCAACUCCACCUCCCCUGCCCCCCACCCCUCCACUACCUCCGUUCCUGUCCAACUCCUGUCUGCAAUUUUCAUGACGGAUUCUCUGUGGGAGUGAAAAUGCGCUUCUGCUUGACUGCGGCUUGCCCCUGCAUUUCCCCCCUUGCACGUUCAACGCAUGGUUGAGAGGUGUCCGUGCAUUGGAUAGAAAGCCUCUUGAUUGUACAAGCGAGUGUCAUUCGAGAGUCUGAAAUGUUUGUUUAAAAGAA